AUGGAGAUUACUCAAGUCCUUGCGGGCUGCCAGCAAUUCCCGUCUGCUCUGCUCUUGGCUGGACCAGAGGCCUUCGAUGUCCUUCCAUUGCCGGCUUUUCUAGUAGGAUUCUCCAUCGCUGCUACGCUACGCUAUUCGCCCGAGGCCGCAUUGCAGAGAGAAAUCCCUUACCAAGCAUCUCGCUCCGGCGUGCAGGAAGUUCUUGGCACAGCAGAGCACCCCUCAGGGGACCACCUUGGACCAGCAGCGACCACUAGCAGCGGCUCAGGACCACGCACCACCGGACGACACAGGUGGAUCGCUCUGACCGGCACCCCCAAAAGCCAAAGGGCGACCCUCCAGCAAGCCUAG